CACGGCGCGACGAUCAACGGACGAAGCACCGUUGAUGGGACCCGAAAGGAAGUGUGAGGGAGGAAAAUGUGAUUAUAAUCGAACGAGAGAGAAAUAAAUAAAAAUGUGAAGAGACAGUGAAACAAAAUCGCGAGUCGAACGAUGCUAAUCAAAACUGUGUAUGUAAGCGUGUAUAUCGAUAAAUGUAUAUUGUGGAAACAUGCAGCACACGGUAGUAGAGCGGUCGAUCAACUAGAUGCGAGAGUAAUUGGCGAAGGUGGCAGCAGUCCAUCGUAUCCUCAAGAAGUAGGGUCUCUGUUAUACCUACUUGAACACAUAGAUAAAUAGGCAAAGUGGCGUCCGUCGUCGUCGUCGUCGUCGCGAAAGAGUAGGUUUGUCAAUUAUUGCGGGAUUUCGGAGCGGCGGGGAUAGACAGGGUAUAGAUAAAGCCAAUCGAUGCAAUGAUACCGACCGUGUCAUGAGAAUGGAAGACCGAUCGGACGCGAGAGCGAGGUGAUGCGAGAACUUGUCACGAUAAGUUUGUGUUAUGUUCUAGUUAACUCUUCCAGCUAUUAAAAACAAUUAGACGUAUGAUUGUAUGUAGUUUGAAGGCUCUCCGUUUUCUGUUUAGCUGAUGGUUGGCUUAGGGUGGCGAAGAAAGCUUCAAGGGUUAUUGUACAAGCACUUGGCUUUGUACUCUCCAGCAACAUCGGAUACAGAUAUUUCGAUCGGCGGCAACAGUGGUGGAGAAAGCAGCAGUGGCAGUUCCAACGGCAACCAGGAACCACAACGUGCGUGUGCGGUGUGCGCACUCGUGGGCGCGUGUGUGUGUGCGUCGAGAGUGACUGGGUGUGUGGCAGAGCAGAGCACACGCCUCACGCGUCUCACUGUGCUGGUGGCCAUCCGGUUGGUGCUAGCGGGUUGAAGGUGUGCAUGCGAGGCGAACACAGCAGCAAAGGGGUGGUGAAUUUGCGUGGCUCUGUGUAUCCAUGGGAGGGCUAGUAUGUGGUUGAAGACGCACUAGUGUGUUUCUGUUACUCAAACUUGAAACCAUUAAACAACAUCAUCAACAAGAAGAAAAGUGAACCAAUAGACGGUUGUGUGACGAAGAAGCGGAAACGCUUAGCACGGAAGAAACAUCCGAAAACGCGGAAUACCAACGAGAGGACGGGCGGACGACGGGUGGUGGCAGUUAUUAAAUCAAGAAAAACGGAUUCUGUAAAACAAUCGCAUCUCAGUUAGACUGGCUCGGAACGGUGAAGCACGGGGGGCAGAGUCUCCCGAUACGUCACCGGAAGGCGGAGCCACCUGCUGGUGGGCCCCCUGGUCAGCGAUGGGUUGCUUCGGAUCGGCCGGAUCGAAACAGUCGGAUUCGAACAGUUCCGAGGACACAAAAAGUCAGAAACGGAGGAGCGAUGCGAUCACGCGGCAGCUACAGAAAGAUAAACAGGUUUACAGAGCCACCCAUAGACUGUUACUAUUAGGCGCCGGUGAAUCCGGCAAGUCAACAAUCGUAAAACAAAUGAGAAUAUUGCAUGUCAAUGGAUUCUCCGACACAGAAAGAAAGCAGAAAAUAGAGGAUAUCAAAAAGAAUAUCAGAGAUGCCAUAUUGACAAUUACCGGUGCAAUGAGCACACUAACACCUCCUAUUCCAUUAGAAAAGCCAGACAACCAGGCGAGAGUAGACUAUAUUCAGGAUUACGCUUCAGGUCCUGAUUUCAACUAUCCACCGGAGUUCUACGAGAAUACAGAAGAACUGUGGAAAGAUCGUGGUGUACAGCAGACCUACGAACGGUCGAAUGAAUACCAAUUAAUUGAUUGUGCUAAAUACUUUCUGGAUCGUGUUAGUGAAAUCAAACAGCCUAAUUAUACUCCAACCGAGCAGGAUAUACUGAGAUGUCGUGUCUUAACGUCGGGUAUAUUCGAAACUAGGUUUCAAGUUGACAAGGUUAAUUUUCACAUGUUCGACGUUGGCGGUCAGCGCGACGAACGACGUAAAUGGAUCCAGUGUUUUAACGAUGUCACUGCAAUCAUAUUCGUGACAGCGUGUUCUAGUUAUAAUAUGGUCCUGCGGGAGGAUCCAACGCAAAAUCGGCUGAGAGAAUCGCUGGAACUGUUCAAAAGUAUUUGGAACAAUAGAUGGUUACGAACAAUAUCGGUCAUAUUGUUUCUGAACAAACAAGACUUGCUGGCGGAGAAAAUCAAAGCUGGUAAAAGUAAACUUUCCGACUACUUUAGUGAGUUCAAUCGUUACCAGACGCCCGCCGACGCCGUUUGUGAGAUGGGCGAAGAGCCAGAAGUGAUAAGGGCAAAAUAUUUCAUUCGAGAUGAGUUUUUGCGUAUAUCGACAGCCAGUGGCGACGGUAAGCAUUACUGCUAUCCGCACUUUACCUGUGCGGUAGACACAGAAAACAUCAAAAGAGUUUUCAACGAUUGUCGAGACAUCAUCCAGCGGAUGCAUCUGCGGCAAUACGAGCUGUUAUAGAUAUACUUAACAAUUUUGAUGCAACCUGGUCGUCUCAUUUUAGUUGUGUCUACCGUAAAAAUAUCAAAUCUAGCCAAACUUUACUAAUUUUAUAAUAAAAAGAAAUAUUGAUUAAUUAAUAAUCAAAACAAAAAAAACAGAAACCUAUACAGACUAAAAUAAAAAAUAACCGCAGAAUAAACAAAAGAAUCAUGAGACGUACACAAAGUCAGUGAGUGAUUUGCGUUUGAAACCACGCAUACAGACGGAUACACUUGUUCAAACAAUCGCAUCAAGGAUCGAUACAAAAUCGCGCCGUAUCGUAUUCCCUACGUCGCGUGUUCCACUAAACAACCGAUCUUGCUGAAAAAAAAAAGUGGAUCGUGUUGGUUAAAACAGUCAGCGACGGCAAAGGUGACACCGGAUAAAUGAUUGCCGAUACUGAAUAAUAACCUGUAGUCAAAAAAAUCAAAUUACAACCUAUAUGCACACAAAAGAAAAGUAACGUUGAGAUAUCAUCAAUCAAAAAAAAAAAAAAAGAAUGAGCUAGAAAAUUCGCAGUUCAAACGUAAUUGUGAAAUUAAUGGAAGGAAAUUGAUGAUACCAGAAACAACUGCAUACCACACAGUAGUCAUCGUCGUUACUAUUAAAUUAUUAAUGCAAAGCAAAUAUGUGAACGAAAAAAAAAACUUUGAUAGAAAGAGAAGAGUAAUGAUCGGUGUGUUAUAUAACGCAGAGUGUAUGAAAGAGAUAGCAAUGAUUCACCGCCAUAUAAAAUUUAAACAGACAACAAUGAGAAAACACACACAAAAACACAAAAAUGCUUACGGCCCUUUCAGCGAGUAAAAAAACAAAUAAUGAUGAUACAAGAAACAUAUGUGUGUGUUGUGUAAACAUAACUAGUGAAAUACAAAGAAAAGGAAGUCAUGUCGUCGUUGUCAUGCUAUAGAGUGAAGAUCAGAAACUAAGUCUUAGUAAUCUGUGAGCUGUUUUCUAUUUUUUGAUUUAUUUUAGUUUUUGAUGGAAGGGUAGUGAAUAUUAGAGGUAAACUUAACAAACAUCCGACACAAACAAAAAACCAUGCAUACAUACACACAUUGUACGAGAGAUCAGCUAGGAUAAAAUCACAUCAUAUAAUAGAACAGAAAACGACAUUGCACGAAAGCGAGGUAAGUCAUCGUAGAAGAAAGAAGUUAUUGUUAAUAGAGCAGAAUUUUUCUUUUUUUUUGUUUAGGAGAAAUGCUUCUAAAUUCGUCCAAAAAUGAUUAUAUGCGCUCUUGUUGUAGAACUAUUUUCCAGUAUUUUUAAUUAUCGUAAUCUGUAUACACAUUUUAUUGAAUAACAAUGUAUCAUAUAUAUUUUUGUUUUAGAAAAUUUUAUCAUCCUUGUUGAAUCCGCUUUAAAAAAGAAAGAGAGAAAUAAGAAGAAGUGUUUUAUUCUUUAUUUACGUAUUUAAUAAUUUAUGAUGUAGAUGUUCUAUGUUCAUUAUGUGACAUACGAUAGUGAAAGGAGUUACAAAAAGGAAAGAAGUAUGUGGAAAUCUUAGAAAAAGUAGGGUAAUUUUUCCAAUUAGCCGCUUAAUAAUGAACGAGAACAAAACAUGCAGAAAACAAUCAAUAAAACAUCGCUGUUCCACAGUGAAUUGCAAACAGCAACCACAACAAGUAGGGCAUUGAUUAUAGUAUGCUUCUGACGCAGAGUUAUGUAUAACCUAGAAAAGUUUUCAAAAGUACACGGAUCUGAAUCUCGGAACCGACAGAUUAGACAAAUGCGCACGGCAAAGUUUGAGGAACUGGAAAGGGUUUAACCACCUAUACUAGAAAACAUUACAACAUAGUGUAUGUGCUGCAAUUUUGCGCAAAGGCAUUUUAUUUUCUAUAUUACUUAGCAACAUUCGUUAACAAAAAAUAUCAUUUUAAAUGUUGGUUCACCUUCACGACAGUGGAAAUAGGAGACGCAGUCUAAAUGUAGCCUUAAAAAUUGGUUGAACUUUCCCUCCAUGAUUAUUCGGGCUGUUCUUAGUGAGUGACGUUACCCAAGUGACUAUCAAAAUAUCAAUAUGCAGCUCUUGUCACUCAACACAAGAAUUAACUUUCAUUUAUCCUUCGGCUGCCACUACCUAAUUGCUUCGCUCGAAACUUGUAGUAAACAUACAUCACAUGCAACAAAACAAAGCACUUCAAAUGUCCAAAUGGAAACUUAUUUAGUUGAAACAAACAUCGCAAUUCACUGUUACUGUGUCAUAUAUAUCAUUGGUAAUUUAUGCUUAGGAAAAAUGUAAUACCUUGUUGCAAUAUUUUAUUUUACCCUUUUGUGUUAUACUAGUUUUAAUUAUCAAAAGAUCACCAAUGAAAGUCUCGCAUCCUAUAAUGAGAAAUCUCUUUUUGAUUUGAGAGAUUGAGUCAACGUCGCAAAUGUUAUAACAAUUACAAACACCCACAAAAAAAGCUUCGCAAUUACAUCCACCCACUGAGACAAACACAUGCAUCUGUCACACAGUAGAUUAGAAUGGGAGGACAAGUUGUGAAGAUUCCAAGAAAAUAACGCGGGACAAGCUGUUAAACGUUAAAAAAUGUUAUUUAUUUUAGCCCGCUAACGAGCCACCAUCUGGUCCAUCUUUCUGCUUCUUGCUAAUAACACAGCCCUCUCCAGAGCCCAGAUAGAUUUUACUGUAAAAGUUUCUUCAUUUUCUAUGCGAAACUAGCGGUAAAGUGCGAGUGAUCUAUUCUAGAGACGGAAAAGGAAUACAAACACAAAAAAGUUACAGUGAGGAUUUGUCCCAGUGUUUGGUAGUUUUACCAUUAAUUUUAAUUAUCAGUAUAUCGAUCAAAUUCAAGACAGCGUGUCGAAUCAUUUCAUGUUUUGAAGCCAUAAAUAUCAUUAAUAAAUUGCUGGGAAAACCACCAAAAACAAUGAUAAAUUCUCAGUGUGCUGUAAUCCACAACACACAAGAGCAGAAAACAAAUAAAAAACACAAGUGGAAAUAAGCAACCACAGAGAAGGUAGGAUGUAAACGUGUAUAACUCUUUUAUAUAGUUGUAUAGAUUAUAUAUGAAGAAAAAAAUGGAAAAAUCGAUACAAAAACAAAAGGACAAAAUAGUCAUACCUAUAGAGAGAAUGAGAAAUACAAAAUCGCACAAACAGAAGAUGAAAUUCUAAUUCAAAAUGUGGAAAUAAAACAAGCAGAAAUGUGAA